AAUCUUACGUAAAACAAAUAUAAUCUUUGUAAACGUUAUCACAACACGUUUGAAAAUAAUUCGUUUUCAAUUUCAUUCGUAUUGAUUUAUCCCAAACAUAUUAUCGCAAUUACGCUUCUAGAAAAGCUCAAGAUCAUGUUAAAAAAAAAUGUCAGACUUAUGUGUGCGAAACAGUUUGUGGUAACCAUCAGUAGGCAAAAUAAGAGCAUGAAUAAGACCAGGAAGAAAAGAGAAGGGGAUUGAGGCAGGAGGGGAUAGGGGAGGAAGAGGAGGAGGACAUAUAUGUUGUAUCAAGGAUUCCUGAUAUAAGUUCGAGGUUUACAAAACAGAUAUGUAAGUAGCUAUCCCGAAUACAGUUUUCCAAUAGACUUUGUAGUGAAAACAUGUGUUUUAAACAUUAUAGUGUUGUUAGUGAAGUUUCCUGUACUUCUUUUGUUUUUCAUUUUAAAAUGUAUUGAUGUAAUUUAAAAAAUAAUUGUAAAAGAUCAGCAUUUUUAUAUAUAUUUUUAUAAAAAAGUAAUAUCUAUGGGAUUCUAUUUAAUUAUUAUGUGUUGCAGAAUUUAAAAAAGAUUAAAUUAUGUAUAUGCCUACUGAUCAUUGGAAAGGUAGAAAUACGCACCAUGAUAGCGGAUCAGAAAGUACACCAUUACUUUCUUCAGAUUCUCAUGGUAGUCAUGGAUCGGUUAUAUUUCAAAAUUCUGAAACAAGUGAUUUAGAAUGCAAAUAUGGGACCAUAGAAGCUGGUAGCUUAAAUUCAACAAUUACUGUACUUCCAAGAAGAUUACCUCCUCUUUUACAAGAUAAUACAUCUACGCUAACAAAUAUAUGUCAGCCUUUGACUUUUAUUGAAGAAAGACAUUACGGAGUACACGACUAUGAUUUGACAAGAAAUAAGAAGUAUGAAGAAAGUAACAAGCAACCAUUGACAAAGGAAUAUAUUAAAGAAUAUUUAUCAACUGAUUUGACAAUAAGACAAGAAGAUACAGAGAUUUUAAACAAAGAUAUUAAGCCGAAACAAAGUUCUCUAGUCACAAUUUUCUCGAUAUGGAAUACAAUAUUAGGUUCGUCUUUGCUUACUAUGCCAUGGGGUAUUCAAAUGGCAGGUUUUUUUCCUGGAAUUAUCCUUGUAUUAGCAAUGGGUGGUUUGUGUCUUUAUACUGCUCAUCGUUUAAUAGUUGUACACAAAUACCAUGGUUCACAAGAGAAAGUUGAAGUUGUACAAUUGAGUAGAAUAUUUCUCAACAAAUGGGUAGAAUACAUAGCGAGAAUCUUUAGUAUUUCAGUUUUGUUUGGCGCAACGAUAGCUUAUUGGAUAUUAAUGUCUAAUUUUUUAUAUAAUUCAAUUAAUUUUUUUUAUGAUAAUGUCAUGGGACUGCCUACAUAUUCUAUAAUUGAAAACAACACAAAUAGUUUCGAAGUUUUGUGUACAAGAAAAGAAAUGUAUAAUGGCAGUGAUAUAAUAACGGUUCAAGAACGCACAUUUGAUGCUUUAGGUCCGUCAUGGGAUUUACAUAAAACAGUACCUGCAUUCUUAGCAAUAAUAAUAUUUCCAUUACUCAACUUCAAUAGCACUACAUUUUUCACAAAAUUCAAUUCUCUUGGGACUGUAUCGAUAGUAUAUAUAAUUAUAUUUGUUUUAAUAAAAUCUGCAUCAUGGGGUUUGCAUAUGGAUAGAUCAAUGUGGGAAGGUAGCUGGGUAUUGAAGCCUACAUUUCCAGCAUUGUCUGGUAUGCUAGCACUAUCAUUUUUCAUUCAUAACAUUAUAAUUACUAUAAUGCAAAGUAAUCGUGAUCAAUCCAAAAAUGGAAGAGACUUGACAAUAGCAUAUGGUCUUGUUACAACAACCUACAUUAUAGUAGGUGUAAUAUUUUUCGUAUGUUUUCCUCUUGCUAAAUCGUGCAUUCAAGACAACUUAUUAAAUAAUUUUCAAAAAUGGGAUCCUUUAACAGUAAUUGCUCGUAUAGUAUUAUUAUUUCAAUUAUUUACAGUUUAUCCAUUACUCACAUAUAUGCUAAGAAUUCAAUUGAUUUCAUCAAUAUGUGAGAAAUCUACUAUUUACACUACUUUGAUAACCAAUUUUAUUUUAGUUUUGAUUUCUAUAUUAUUUGCUACAUUUUUACCGUAUAUUGGAACUGUCAUAAGAUAUACAGGUGCUUUAAGCGGUCUAAUUUAUGUAUUUACUUUACCGAGUUUACUUCAUUUAUCUGUUUUACGAAAGCAAAGAAAAUUAACUACAGUUACAACAAUCAUACAUUUAAUAAUACCAAUUAUUGGUAUAUUAAAUCUUAUAGCUCAAUUUUUUAUAAUCGAUCAUUGA